UUCUAUAUUUUUCUCUUCGCGGCAUUUACCGGGAUCUUCCCUUUUCUCUAUGCUCUGAAUCAGCGAUAUAAUAGACUAACGUGUACCUCUCUGAAUGGAGUUAUCACUGGUCUCUGGAACUGAAGGAUGUAUUGCCUCCAGUAUCAAUCCUGACAUACACAUACAACUGAAUAAAUACCGCUUACUCUCUCAGCCAGCAACCGUUUAUCCUUGGAAGAGGAGCCGAGUAGUAUGCUCUCUGAAAGACAGGUUAUUGAUUGAGUGGAUUUUCUGUCAAAGGCAGUCAAUGAAAGCACUACAUGACAUCAUCACUUCAAUCGAGAGCAAGAUCUCCUCGAAUUCUUCUCAUCGAAACUCUAAGACGCUUCACUCGCUUGUCGUGGGUAUUUCUUGCCCCAAUGGAAUCUGUCUCAGUCCUUCUUUUGUCGAGAAACUCUAUGAUCAUUAUUAUUAUUCUCCGCCUUUGGACGAGCUCAAAGUAACAAGAAUGCACACAGCCUUUCCUCUGCCAGCGACCAUUGGCUGCCAAUGGCAACAGUUGCCGAGCGUCUCAAAAUUCUCACGGCAUAAGAAAAGUUUUGAGAAUAUCCAACAACUAAGAAUCAUAACAACCUGUCGAGAAUGGAGUCCGCUCCCGGGGCCAUUAAACGCCCAAAUGGAAGAAUCCUUCAGGAAAGACCCACUCAACACUCGUCUAACUAUUGGUGAUGUACUCAUUGAUUUUGUUGAGGGUUCUCUCUUUAAUAAAAGUACCGGACAAAAGAGCUUUAUACGAUGCUUGACUGAACCGCCUCAGGCUUCAGUGACAGUCAGAGAACUCCAUGAUCAUGCGUCAUACCAAUCAAGCAUCAGAGGAUUUGAAGCAGCCGGUAUCUUACCAUACUCAAUUCACCCUCUGACUGGUGAGGCUAUCUUCCUUGUGGGGCAGUUGACAUAUGAUGGUGGGACCUGGUGUGAUUUUGGAGGUCUGACAUCCAAAUCCAUAUUCAAGAAUGAGACCCCAUCCGAGACUGCAGCCAGAGAGUGUUGCGAAGAGACUCUCGGGGUCUUAGGAACAAGCAAAGACUUGUUGGAGUCGCUCCGAAGUUAUACUGUAACCAACACUUUUAAAGUAGUAAAUGAGACUUGUCAUUACGUUGGACACUUCCUUCAUGUUCAUUUCGAUCAUUAUCCUGGUCGCUUUGCAUCUGAAGCUGUAAAGAAACUAGCUAAUGAUGAAGAGCUUGAAGUGAAUGCAAUGAGGUGGAUACCACUAUCAGCCAUUAGGCAAGCUGUGAGCUCAACUCUUACUGGGGGAAGCUGCUCCAUUGAAGCAUACUCCAUCAAUGAAUCUGAUGGAGAGUAUGAUAGUUCACUCCUUCGAUUGCGUUGGGAGUUUGCUCAGUCAUUGUGCAUGGCAGACAAGCUCGGUGUGCUAGACUCUAUUGAGCAUAUUACCAGUGAGAUAUGGAGGUCAUCUCGUCGUGAAAAAAGAAGAGAAGAAGAUUUAAUAAAAGGGGAACAACAAGGUGGAUUAGAAGAUCCUCAAAAAUUAGCCAGUGCUCUUGCUGGUAUAUCACUAGAAGGAGGAACUGGUACUUGUAGUGGAGGAGAGAUAGAGCCGGAAGCACUUGAAAUAUUUAAAAAGAAAUCCAAAAGAAAGACAUUUAAAUCAUAUGGAAUGGGAGCAGGAACAUUUCACAGGAAUAAUACAUAAAAAUCACAAAAAUAUAAAUAAAAGUAAAAAAAAUGAUAAUAAAACUUUAUAAAUAACAAUAACUCUAAACUAAGAUUAGUUCAAUUUAUAAGUUAUAAGAGGUACUGGAA